UGUAUUUGUGAUGAAUGAAACCGAAAAAUUGUUAUCACUGAUAGUAACAAACAACGCGUUUUACCCAUAUAGAAUGACGAAAUAUGUGUAACAUUGGGCAAACCCGCCAUCCGCACUGUUAUAUAAAGUUGCACCAUAUGCACAACAAUUUCAAGAUAAUCGCAUAUUUUGAUCAGUCUAUAUAAGCUGCCACUCCACCACUCCACUCCAGUUCUUAUCACAAUGCCCCCAAACUGUUUUAGAGCGCCAGGAAUGCAAAUCCAAAGAAUAAACACCAACUACUCUGGAUUCAAGUUUUGGGUGCACAAGUGCCGAUAAUUCCGGUCAAACAACAAAAAUGAGUGAGAACAAAGAGACACUAAGUUCGUUUGUGGAGAAAGCUCAAAAAAACUCGGACUUCGACAAGGCUUUGGGGCGCAAUAUCCUCGUCGCGCCGACUGAAGAACAGUUCGAGCUGCUCCUGCAGCGACUGAAGCAACAACUGGGAGAGGGUAGAGGCGAAGUCAUCCUAGAGAUUGGAGCGUCUGAAGACGGCAGCGAGAACGGCUUCCUGGACGACGAGCUCGAAGCCGCCGUCGCCACGCUCCAGUCCCUAGCCACGACUCUCGAGUGCAGCUGCGUCAAACUCCGCGAGCGAAAGGACGUGCGGGGGAUCGUGGCGCAGUACCUCAUCCGGAGGGUCCUGGGGCAGGCAGACUUUUUGGAAAUACGGGUGGCCGUAGUCGGGAAUGUAGAUGCCGGGAAGUCCACCCUCCUGGGGGUGCUGACGCACGGCGAGCUCGACAACGGGCGCGGUCACGCGAGACAGAAGCUCUUCCGGCACAAGCACGAGAUGGAGUCCGGGAGGACGAGUUCCGUCGGGAACGACAUUCUGGGUUUUGAUGGAGAAGGGAACGUGGUUAAUAAGCCGGAGCAUGGGGCGCUGGAUUGGGUUAAAAUUUGCGAGAAGAGCUCGAAAGUGAUCACGUUUAUCGAUUUGGCGGGGCACGAGAGGUACUUGAAAACUACGGUUUUUGGGAUGACGGGACACGCGCCUGAUUUUGGCAUGCUGAUGGUUGGUGCUAACGCUGGGAUUAUUGGGAUGACGAAAGAGCACCUAGGGUUAGCGCUUGCAUUGUCCGUGCCGGUUUUUGUCGUGGUGACAAAAAUUGACAUGUGCCCCGCCAACGUCCUCCAGGAUAAUUUAAAAAUGUUGAUCAGAAUCCUGAAGUCGCCUGGUUGUAGAAAAGUACCCGUGAUGGUUAAAACCACCGAUGACGUCAUUCUAAGUGCUACCAACUUCGUUUCUGAAAGAUUGUGCCCUAUUUUUCAAGUGUCAAACGUUUCCGGCGAAAAUUUGGAGUUGUUAAAAAUUUUCCUCAACCUCCUAACGACCAGAAUGGAAUACCACGAGAACGAACCUGCGGAAUUCCAAAUCGACGAUACAUAUUCUGUUCCAGGUGUAGGAACUGUAGUUUCGGGGACCACACUCAAAGGGGUUAUUAGACUCAAUGACACCCUGAUGUUAGGACCAGAUCCUUUAGGACACUUCCAACAAAUCGCCGUUAAAAGUAUUCACCGGAAAAGAAUGGCCGUUAAAGAAGUACGCGCAGGUCAGACCGCCAGUUUUGCUUUAAAAAAGAUCAAACGUUCACAAAUUAGAAAAGGCAUGGUUAUGGUUUCCCCCACCCUCAACCCCCAGGCUUGCUGGGAGUUCGAAGGUGAAAUACUGGUUCUGCACCACCCAACGACCAUCAGUUCGCGCUACCAAGCGAUGGUUCAUUGCGGCAGUAUUCGUCAAACCGCCAGUAUUGUCAAAAUGUCAAAAGAGUGUCUAAGAACGGGCGACAAAGCCAUCAUCCAUUUCCGGUUCAUCAAACACCCGGAGUAUAUGACUCCGGGUCAGAGAAUGGUAUUCCGCGAAGGGCGUACCAAGGCCGUUGGUAAUAUCGUACGAAUAAUCACCCAGACCACCCCAACCCAUCCAAAUGCACGCACGAAACAGAACAAACAGCAGAGAUACGGCGGCGGAAAUAUGACGAGUAAUAAGAGUCAUGCGCAGUCGGGUCUACAAGAAUUUGCAGAGCUUGGAACGGCGACCGGCGAAACUGCGUUCGAGGGCAGCAGCGACAAGCGCGAGAACACCGGUCAGAAGUCUGGUUCAAGGAAAGGGCGAGGGAGACGAGGAGGACGUGGUAAAAACAGUGGUGCCAACUCCAACACUCCAAAACCUCUCACCGAACCCAACAUCAAUUCAAUUUCAAACUUAAACGCGACUAAAGUGCAAUAAAUCUAUUUUCCUAAAAUAUGCACAUUUUUCUAGAAGUUUCUUUCUUUUGGAGUGGUAAAAAAGGAUUGUCCAGUGAAUAUUUUUGAAUUGUAAAAUGCUGAAAAUAGAUAGUAAUUUAUUUUA